CCGGAAACGGGACCGGGACCGGGAUUGGGACAGAGAAACCCACACGGAACCGGGAAUCCCAUACGGCCGCUCCAUGGCCGAUCCCAUCCCGCUUCCCGUGGGGAUCCUGCGCCUCCCGAGGGGUCCCGACAUCUCCGGCAGCCGCGGCUUCUCCUCCCGUUCCCGGGAUCCGCAGAAUUCCCGGGAUCCUCACGAUUCCCGGGAUCCCGGAGCGCUCCAGAGCGCCCGGGCCGCGCUCCGGGAGCGAUUCCUGCGGCUGCUGAGCAGCGCCCGGGGCCGCCCGGUGCGGUUCUGCCUCUGGAACGGGAUCCGGCUGGACGCCGAGUUCGGGGCUGCCGAUGUGCAGACUGGAACUUUCCAG